GGCAGUUUGCUGCAGAGAAUCUGGGAGCUCUGAAGACCUGGAGCCCUGCCUCUGAGUAGCAGAAGCAGCUUAGGAGCUCAUCCAUCUCAGUAAUCCUGCUGGAAAAGGAGCUCCACUCCCUGGGAGCAUGGCACUGCUGGGCUGGGGCUGCAUCAUCUGCGUGCUAGCUGCUGCAGGUACAAUAGCAGAAGCCGUUCAAGUGAUGGUGGAGAGCCCCACGGUGAAUGGGAUUCUGGGCCGGUCAGUUCUCCUGUCCACCUCACUCAGCUCAACUCCGCUAAAGUCGAUGAAAUGGUCUGUGAAGAAGGAGGACUCUCAAACAGUGAGGAUUUUAAAAGCUGAAAAUAAAACACAGCCAGAAAUAACACCCAUGUUCCUUCAUCGUGUGGAGCUCCUGAAGAAUGGGUCGAUUCUCCUAAGAAACUUGAACUUCUCAGAUCAAGGGGUUUAUAUAGUGACAGUAACAGACUGCGAUGGGAGAGAAGAAACAGGGACCAUUAACCUGACAGUGAGCGCUGCAGUGGUGAUUGAAUCCCUCUCUGCCUCCCCCAAUUCCCCCAGCAUGGGAGACAACGUGACCCUGAGCUGCAGAGUCUCCGUGGGGGGACAGCGCAAUAUCUCCUGGCUCAAGGACGGAGCUCCGCUGCCCAAUAAAACCCUGGCACACCUCGCCUUCCCAAUGCUGGUACCCUCGCACUGUGGGCUCUACACCUGUCUGGCACAGGAUCCCUUCAGCUCUGACCAGGCUGACUACCGCUUGACUGGUAAGAGCUACAAACAGGCAUUUCUUAAUUCGAUUCUUAGUUAG